UUACAUUCACUUGUGCCUCUGUUGGCCUUGUUCCUGUACCUUCACCUGUGCUCCACUGAUUUGUCACCACCACUGUUGCCUCCUUCUUGAGCUGCUGCCUCUGCUGCUGCCUCUGUUACUACCGGCUUCAAACAAACAGUCAGGGGCUGCACAGAGUCGCUCUCAGCAGUAACAGAAGGAGCCCAGUCUGUCAGAGAGGCAGACAUACGGACACAGGAAGGACAGACACGCACACGCCACCAUGGGAUGCUGCAACGCAAGGUGCUGGCUGAUCACCGGAGCUGUUUUUGGAGUGGCUCUGGCCAUCCUGGGAGGCGUGCUUAUUCCAGUGGGGAACAUUGUCAUUGAGGGGACAGUGAACAAGGAAGCUGUCAUCGAGCCUGGAACAACCGCCUAUGACAACUGGGUGGCAGCAGGGGCAACGGUGUACAGGCAGUUCUGGUUCUUCACUGUGAAAAACCCCACAGAGGUCAUCGAGAAUGGGGCAACUCCAGUGGUGAUGGAGAGAGGACCUUACACGUACAAGACAAGAUUCCUCCCUAAAGACAACAUCACGUUUAACUCCAAUCACACUGCAUCCUUUGUGUUACCGACUGUUGCCAUCUUUGACCCCUCUAUGUCUGCUGGAACAGAAGACGACGAGGUGGUCGUUCUGAACCUGGCUGUUGCUGGAGCUUACUCACUGGCUCCUAAACCACUACAUGGUGUAUUAGAGCGAAAGAUGAACCUCACCAACUCAUCCCUGUUCCAGACUCGUUCAGUGAAAGAGCUGCUUUGGGGCUACACAGACCCACUGAUAAAAAACACAGUGGCAUUGUUUGAAAACGGAACAUAUGAUGGUCCUUAUACUGUGUUUACUGGCAAAGAUGACAUAUCAAAAGUGUCAAUGAUUGAGACAUAUAGAGGGGAAAGUAAACUGAAGUUUUGGAAGGACCAAUACUGUGAUAUGAUCAAUGGGACAGAUGCUUCCUCGUUUGCUCCCUUUGUUGAUAAAAAGAAACCACUGUAUUUCUUCUCAUCAGACAUUUGCAGAUCUGUUUCUGCGAGUCAUAUGAAGACCUAUUCACUGAAAGGCAUCAAAGUGUUCCGCUACUCUCUCUUACCCUCCACUCUGGCCUCUCCUGUGGACAACCCAGACAAUCACUGUUUCUGCCAUAACAAAGAGAUUACUAAGAACUGUACCAUAGCAGGCGUGCUGGACAUCAGCUCCUGCCAGAACGGAAAACCAAUCUUCAUCUCCCUGCCACACUUCUUGUUAGGGAGUUCCAUCCUAACAGAAAGUGUCCAGGGCCUCAAUCCUAUCCCAGAGCAUCAUGAAACCUUCCUUGACGUCGAACCGACAACAGGAUUUACAUUGAACUUUGCCAAGAGAAUACAAGUAAACAUGAUGUAUGGGCCAUCAAAAGUUAUCACGGUGCUUAAGAAAGUUAAGGAUUAUACGAUAUUCCCCGUUGUCUGGCUCAAUGAGACAGCCACACUGGACGAUGCCACCGCUGACAUGAUCAAGGGAGAGCUCGUGUCCAGGAUCAACCUUCUGUCCAUGGUGCAGAAGACUUUACUGGGAGCUGGAAUAGCCAUCGCCGUCCUGUGCUUCAUUUCUUACUGCUUCGUUAAAAGGAAUAGAAACCAAGGCAAACUGGCUUGAGAAGACUUUGCCAAUGUACUUACUACUGGUGCAUUUGAGCUGCUACUGAACACCAAGCCUUUUAUAUAGACUUGCACUUUUUGUAACCUCAGAAUUAUAUAUAAGGCCAUAUAUUUUCUUUGAUACUGUGAUUUUGUAAAGCCCAUGGAGGUAUCUAGUGCUCCUUUGCUGGGUUUUACUUGGGACGACAUAUAAUACUGUUAAGCUCAAUCAGGGAAGUAUUAUUGCACAUGGGCACCUAUUAACUGUCAGGUAAUCAACGCUUUAGGGACUUCUGCACAAAAGAUAACAUAUUUGUGCAAUAUUCUGUAAAUGUAAUGUGAUAUUCCAGUAAAAAAAAAC